AUGGCCACCAGCAGACUUCAGCCGUUGACAUAUGACGGUGGUGACCUACGAAUUGUUUUGGUGCCAACCUCCGAUGAUGGCCACGACGCCUCAGAAAAUGGCAAUCUAGACUACGAAGUCGACCGACGAUUUUCCUCCGAUAGUUACAGGUCUUACAGAGCACCAGAUCAAUCCAUCCCCACACAUCCCAUCCCGUCUUUACAGGAUGCUUUCGCCGAAUCUUUAGACGAGGUCACACGCAACGACAAUGGGCCUGGGAAGCCGAAGUUAAGAGAGCUUGACGCACAAGGUCGUCGAGCGAAAUUGCUAGAGCAGGAUCCCGAAGACGAACCAUUUGAUUCAGUAUGGCGUUACCGACCGCGUCAACAACAACAUGAGAUGUACAAGCUCAUCUCGCAAAUUACUUUCGGAGUAUACCUCCUACUUAACAGCUUGGCCGCCGAUAAUUCCCAGGUUGUGACCAUCCUCCAAGGACAUAUCGAUGAGGUGGACGAAUUUCUCGAGGUGAUGCUGGAGGACUUUGCGCAAGCUCAUAAGGAUCUUAGUGAGCGUAUUGCCCAUCUUCAGCUUCCUAUGGCCAACAGACAAGCUUUCGAGAACAUGCUUGAAGAUCGAGCAUUCCGAGCAAAGAUUCUUGCUGGAAAUGUAAAGAUUGACCAUAUCCUCGCCCGAACAAAUGCCGUUAUGAAGCAGUGGGAUGACGAUAUUGAUGCGGGACUUCGUUCUAGUGAAGCUUUCAUGGAGUGGCUCAACGAACACAAGGACACCAGGUGGUCCGAUGAAGAUCCCGAUCUCGAGAGCAUUUAUCGUGCGAUGAAGGGCAACGCUGAUGGAUGGCUCAACACCUUUGACGACUUAAACAACCAGGCACAAGAUUUGAACGGUUUGGUUAUUAAACUCAUGACGAUCGUGGCUGAGAUGGAGAAAACAGCUGGCGAGGUCAGCCGCAAGACCUGGGCAACAAUUCCUCCCUUUACUAUUCCGACGAACCUACCAAAAACCGAAGAUCAAACACGCAUUUCUCUGCUCCCAACCAAGCCAAACACCAGAUCCAUGAUGAGCGUGGCACCCAGCAUCCGUAGCUUCGACUCACGCGAUGCCGAUAUCAAUACCCUGAGUGAUUUCCCUCUGCCGGGAGGCGCUCCCUUAUUACUACCCACCACAUACCACCGCGCCAGUUUCAAGCCUUCACCGAAUUUAAGUGCAUCCUCUUCUUCUCCGCGACCCAAUAUCAGUUCCAGCGUAUCGCCUUCAUCUUCUGGACCUAAUCUUACGGCCAACACCUCUUCUUCUGGUGCGACUACUCCCAGGGCAUCUGUUGCGGAUGACACGAAGCAAGUAGACAAGGAGCCUGAUAACAGUGAUACGCACAGCGGGUUUGAUGAUGGACCAUUGUAUAUCCUUCAACCCAAGGUGUACACCCCCAAAGCUACCUCACCUGCACUCAUGCGUCCUGACACGCCCCCUUCUGACGAUGAGACCAAACGACGAACGAUCACACCUUCGAUACAUAUUCCUUCACCUCAAUCACUGGCCGAGGCUCAUGACGAACGGCCAACCCAAAGGCGAACACUCACUCAAUCUGUUCAGGAUGCUAUGGGAUUGCACAAGCGGACUUCACUACGACAGCGUGUUUCACUGAAAAGAAGCCCUCCCGAAUCUAUCCAAAUUCCCCCCCGAAACUAUGCAGAGGCGCAACCCAACCGCCAGUCAACUGCCAACACAACACAUCUCGCUAUAAGACCACAAACAACAGAACAUGCGCAUGGCUCUGGUCUAGAAGUUCAACAACCUCACAGACUACCCCGUGCUACAUCUUAUGCAGACUUUUCAGCUCCAAAACUUCCUCCUAUCAUGCCUUCGCCUCACUCUGAAUACCAACAGACGUAUCACCCCGUCCGUGCAUCGCCUCAUUCGCCAUUACAGCAAAGACCUCACACUGCCGGUCCUGCUGACCAAUAUCACCCGUCGGGUUUCUUUCAAGGUCAUCAACGUAAUCAACCCUCUCGAAUGGGAGGUAUGAGUACCCUCAGCAGCGUAACGUCGGCCACCAACGAUGACACUGCCACUGUGACUUCUCGGGCUACAACUCAGGCCGGAGGCAAACGACUAAAGAAGAAGAAGAGUGCAUUCGGAUGGCUUAAGAAGGCAUUCAGCCUCGAUGAAGAUGAAAAGGCAGAGUACGAGGCACGCAAGGCUAUGCAGUACCAGAAUCAGUACUAUGAUGGUCAGAGUCCCAAGUUCCUGGACGGAAAGAGGCUUCGAUAA